UCGACCCCCUAACCCCCCUCACCCCCCCAAUUUGCGCCGGUGUAGUAUAUAUAUAUAUGCUAUUAAAAUUAAAAGUUAGUAACACAAAACUAACAUACAGGAAACAAACACUUUUAACUACUAAAAUACUUUAUUGGGACCAAACAUAUUAUGGCUGAUUAUCAUCUUUACUAUCUAAACUCAAUAUCUAAACAAAAUCUGUUACAUUUUGUUCAAGCUACAAUGGAAUACUACAAAGGAAGCUAUUUCUUAUUUUCUUCAUUUACUGCAAAUCAUGCUGAAGCAAAAGCAUCAUGUGUUGGAUUGGGUGGUCACCUUGCAAUUAUACCAGAUGCAGAAACUCAAGCCUUCAUUCAAACUAAAGGAGCUGCUUACAAGAGUGAAGGAAAAUGGAUGACAAGCAAUAAUAACGCCUACAUUGAUGCAGUAAAAACAUCAGAUGGAACUGGUUGGGAAUGGAGCACAACACAUGACAAGUUUUAUUUUAAAACAACUCACCGUGGUAGUGGUGGUAAAUUCUUAUAAUCAAUUAUUUAAAAAAAUACAAAAUAUAUUAGUACAUUCAUUAAAUAAUAAAUUAUGAUAAGACAUAAAGACAACAUUGCAACAUG